CUGUCAAUCUCAUCUGGUUUCUAGUGAACUGCCUGAAUUCUCGAAGAUUUUAGUAUUUUUAGAGUGUUUUAUCAUUAUAAGUGGGAUUAGAUUUAAAUUGUACAUUUAGUAAUUUUGUUUACAACAAAAUAUACUCAAAAUGUCUGUAAUGGAAUUUCUAAAGGAUUUGCCUUCGUACGAUGAACACAACUUCACAUUAUUCAACACGGAUCACGGAAUUCGGAAUUGUUCGAAAAGACCUUCCAUAUACCUGCCCACGAAGGACAUACCUUCCGAUCAAAUUAUCGUGACAGAAAAAACGAAUAUCCUAUUAAGAUAUCUACAUCAGCAGUGGGAAAAGAAGAAUGCCUCACCUAAAAAGCGUGACCAGAGCCACAUAGAGCAGAACGGUGAAGAGAGUCGACCCCGCAAGAGACCUUGUCUCAACUCACCGCUAAACUGAAAUCCACUUCAACGUCACUUAUUUUGUGCUUCAGUUACAGACUUUACAAGUGAAUGGCAGUUUUUUAUCAAAUAUUUACAAUUGUAUCACUCCUCGAGGAGGAAAUCUUCAAUUCUUGAAGGAUUUUAAGUUUUGAAAUUAAGUUAGGUGCCAUCUUUUGACAAUAGCGCUUAUUUUUAGUUGUAAAAUGUAGCAGUGUUAAAUCAAUAGCCGAAUGAUAAGGCUAAGUAUUCAUUCCAAGAGAGCUGAUUUUCAACAAUUGUAUUUUUGUAACUGUGUCCUAUUCAAAUAUUUCCUCUGAUUAUUGCACAAUUGCUUUUCU